AUGGCUUUGCAACCGAAACAUUCAUUGAAUGACCAACCGCUCGUCAAUGAUCAAAACGGAAAAGAGGAGCCUUCAAACACACCAUCAGUGGUUCAGGAAGAGGAAGCAAUUCCUAUUGGUUCAGAAAUUGUUGAUGUUCAAGAAACAUCUAUCAAUGCUUCACCAUCCGAAAUAAUUACAGAAGAUCAUGAGAAGGAAGCUCAUGUUCCAUCAAAAUUUAAAGGAGUGCCAUAUUACCGAAUGGACAUUGAAGAAUUGUAUUCUACUCUAUUAUCAGCAGAUUUUCAGUCAGAGCCAAUUUUACAAAAUACGAGUGACGUCACAGAUCAUCCCGAAGCAACGUCACACCAAGAAGAAAACUCGUUAAGAUCAAGUCAAGGUCACAUUAAUGGUACAACUCAUAGGUCGAAUUUUGGGUCACAUAUUUUCGAAGAAACAGGACUAAUUGACGAACAAGUAAGACGCCAGCGAGAGAAGUAUGGCGAAAAUAAUCUUUUCACAAAAUUAGUGGAAAAAUCAAACUCUAAAUUAUCAUUUUGGAGAGUAUUUAUUAGCGAGGUGCGAGAGCCAAUGAUUUUACUGUUAUUCAUCGUGGGAAUUUUAUACGUUAUUUGGGAUGAUUCUAUUUGGAAUGGAUUGGUCAUAUUUAUUUGUAUUAUAUUGAUGGUAAUUGUAGAGGUGAUAAAUGAAUAUAGGUCAAAGAAAGGGGUUCAGCAGCUGAAAUCUACUUUUGAAAUGUCCAAGAAAUGUACAGUAAGAAGAAACAGAGAGUUAAAAAUUAUUAAUGUGACAGAGCUUGUGCCAGGAGAUGUCAUACGUCUAAACGUGGGUCAAGUUUUACCCGCAGAUGUGAGAUUAUUUAACACAGAAAGCAAAAAAAUUAAUAUCCAGGUUGAUCAAUCGGCUCUCACUGGAGAAUCUCUAUUGUGCAACAAACACGGAGAUGUUAUUAACACAACAAAUGAAAUUUCCACGAUAGAAUGCAAUAAUAUUGUGUUUGCAGGGACGUACGUUGUGAAAGGGAAGGCAUUCGGAGUUGUGAUCAGCACAGGGUGUGACAAUACUCAACUUGGGUCCGUUUUGAAUUUGCUUGAAAAAGCCAACGAGAAAGAAAAGAAAACCGAACUUCAAAAAACCAUGAAAGAAUUGGCAAAAUAUUUAACAAUUGCUUCAAUAUCUAUAACGGCUAUUAUUGUAAUUGUGGGCUGGAUAAGAGGCUUCGAAUGGAGGAGAAUGCUGUUAGCAGGCCUUUCCGUAAUGUUCGCAACGAUACCAGAAGAGUUACCUAUCAUUAUUAAGAGUGUACUUGCGCUGGGAUCUUUGCAAUUAAGUAAGAAGAAUCUUCUCAUCAAAAAACUUCAUGUACCUGAAUCGAUGGCCACAACUACCCAUAUUUUAACAGACAAGACAGGAACCAUGACCAAAAAUUGUCUUCAAUUGACUGAGGUCCAUCAACUAGACGAAAAUGGAAAUCUGUCUUGUGUAUACAGACACAAGACAAAACGUGAAAACACAAAAUUUUUAUCAGAUUGGAUUUUGGAUUGGCUUCUAGCUGGAAGCUCUUUUAGUUCUGGCGUUGACGAGCUCGACGAUCCAUUCGAAAAAUCUGUAGUGGAAGAACUUUCGACAUUAGGAGACACUUUCACAAAAAUCCUCGAAAGACGGAAUCAAAGUCAUGUCAAACUCAUGGAAGAAAUUUGUUUCGAUCAUCAAAAAGGUUUCUCUUCGAUUGUCCUAUCCUCGGACAUGUCAUCCAAAAUGAUCUAUUCCAAAGGAAUUCCAGAAAAAAUUUUAGAUAUCUGUAAUCGCUUUCAAGCAUCUUCUGACAGAAAUCUCGUUUUGGAGCUAUCAGAGGAUAGUAAACAAAGCCUUACCAACUAUUUAGAAAAAGCAACAGCACGAGGAAUGCGGGUAAUUGGACUUUGUAGAGAAAAUGACAACUCUGAACGAAUUUUCACAUGCUUGUUGUCAUUCAUCGAUCCAAUCCGGCCUGGAGUGAAGCAAGCUAUUAAGCAAUGUAAAGAAGCUGGAAUCAGGGUUGUUAUGAUCAGUGGCGACCACACAAACACAGCAGUAGCAGUUGCUGAUGAAUGUGGUCUCUUACAAUUCCAUCCAAAAAAAGGUGCUGACGAAGAAGAAGAAAUUGAGCUUGGGGAAUCUGCUUCUGAAAAGAAGAAACAAUGUAUUGAAGGCAAAGAUGUGGAUGAAAAUGUAGAUUUUGACAAUGAGGUUUGUGUAGUUUCAAGAGCUACACCAAAAAACAAGUACGAUAUUGUUGACUUAUUGAGAAACAAGUAUAACUAUAAUGUAAUUGUCAGUGGAGAUGGAAUUAACGAUGCCGCUGCUCUAGCCAAUGCGACAGUUGGAGUAGCUAUGGGUAAAAGCGGAGUAGAUCUGGCAAAGGAAUCAGCUGAUGUUAUUCUCACCGAUGAUAAUUUCUCAACCAUUGUGACAGGAAUUAUAGAAGGACGAAAGCUCUAUGAAAAUCUUAGAAAAUCCAUUCAAUUCUAUCUCUCUUGCAAGAUGACUCUUGUUUCAUUAUUUAUUGUAAAUAUCAUCAUUGGAGGCUCGAAAUACGUUCCAUUCAUUCCUAUGGAUCCCAUUCAGAUCAUUCUACUGGAAUUAUUUAGUGAUAUUGGAGCAGCCACUGCGUUUGUUAUUGAAAGCGAGGAAGAAGACAUUAUGAAAAAACCUCCCAAAAAAGACAAACAAUUUGUGGAUGCCACUUUUCUAUGUCACAUAGCUACAGGCUCAGCAUCAUUAUUUAUUUCAGUGUUACUAUCCUAUUUGAUUGGAGCAUUUUUAUUAGGACCAAUGUACAAUUUAGAUUCAAAAGCUCAUGAACAAUAUUCUCAAUCAAUGGCAAUGAUGGCGUGGCUCAUUGGACAUGUCACACUUGCAUUCAACAUGAGAACUACUACAUCUCCCCUAUUCAUUCAUGGGUUGUUCACAAAUGUAAUGAUGAACAUUUGGAUUGCAGUUGUAGGAAUCUCUGUUUUUAUUUUACAACUUUUUACACCUCUAUCAACAGCUCUCAAGAUUCAAAAUUUGGGAUUAUUAGGUUGGACCAUUAUUUUGUUGCUCUCCGUCCUAUGCAUUUGUUGGCAAGAGGUUUACAAGUGGUUAAGAAGAGGAUUUACACUGCUGUUUCAAGGACGAGUGAUGAACGUCAGUCGUCAACUGAUGGAUUGUUUUUCCAGGCAAUAG